AUGUACACAAAUAGACUCCUGCAAAAUCCGAUUCCACUACUUCAACGCAGUGCAGGAGUGGCAACGGGUCCCCAAGGGCCAACCCGGCUAAAGUGGAACGAUAACUGGCCUGCCCGCCUAGCCAGCGGGAUGGCGUCACAAAUGGCUAAAACAAUGCAAGAAAAUGGGCCUCAGUACCCUGCAGGGCAAUCGAACCGUGCUACGACGGCGGGACGGGAUUCGAGAGUCCAGAGGCUGCUAAGAAUCUCAAGUUCGGACGGGCCGUCACAACAUCGAAAAACAACCCUAGCCAUACACACCUAUAACUGCAGGUCAUUGGCAGGGAGGACCGGACUGACCCACUUGAAUUGA